UUAGGAUAAUGUAAUUUAUACAACGAAUACCCACAUUUUCCACAACUCCCCGCUCCAUCUUCUCGCCAAACCAAAUGGGUCAAACUCUCUUAGACGCUCUCAACGUCCGGGUCAUCGGAUCCGGCCGUCGGGUCCUCUUCCUCGCCCACGGUUUCGGCACCGAUCAAUCCGCUUGGAAUCGCAUUUUACCUUAUUUCUUACCUUCUUACAAAGUCAUUCUCUAUGAUUUAGUCUGUGCUGGAAGUGUCAAUCCUGAUUACUUUGAUUUCCGUCGCUACACUUCACUCGAUGCUUACGUGGAUGAUCUCCUCAGCAUUCUUGAUUUCCUGGGUGUUGAUCGUUGCUUUUAUGUGGGUCACUCUGUUUCUGCUAUGAUUGGUAUUCUUGCUGCCAUUCGGAGGCCCGAGCUUUUCGCUAAGCUCAUACUUAUUGGUGCUUCUCCCAGGUUUUUGAAUGAUCCAGAGUACCAUGGUGGGUUCGAGCAAGGUGAAAUAGACAAGGUGUUCUCAGCAAUGGAGGCGAACUACGAGGCCUGGGUGAACGGCUUCGCUCCACUGGCAGUCGGAGCUGAUGUUCCUGCCGCUGUUCGUGAAUUUAGCCGAACACUGUUCAACAUGAGGCCCGAUAUUUCAUUAUUCGUGUCUCGUACUGUUUUCAACAGCGACCUCAGGGGAGUUCUGGGCUUGGUUAAAGUUCCAUGUUGCAUAAUUCAGACCGCGAAAGACGUGUCUGUCCCAGCCUCCGUCGCAGCCUAUCUGAAAAACCACCUAGGUGGUCGGAACACGGUGGUGAUGUUGAACAUCGAAGGACAUUUGCCACACAUGAGUGCACCCAGUUUGCUGGCUCACGAGCUGCUCCGGGCACUUUCCCGGUGACUAAUACCGCUCAUCUGACCAAAUCACACUAUACAUUGUAUAUUUGGCUAGGCAUGAUGAUGAGAGCGACGAACAAAUUCCUAAAUAUAUUUCAAAAUUGUACCGAAUGAUGAUGAGACAGCGAGUUACACGAAACUUAAUCAGCCUAUAGUUGAUAAUAUUUAUCGAGACUUUAUUCAGGCAUCA